CUGACUGACUGCUGAUUGAGUGAUUAAAGUAGUGUUUGUCAAGUGUAAAUGAUUGUGAAACAAAGAAAUUUAGACGAAAAUAAAUGAGGCUCGGUAAAACUACGACGUUUAACAUUACUCAUGAGUACGGAAGAGACUCUGUUGAAUCUCGAUUUCGACAAACCAAACACAACAACAGCACCGCCCGAUGACGGAGUGGUCUCGUUAUCCAGUAGUUCAGAAGAGAUUUGUUUAGUGCCAGAGGUCGAGUUCGAGGGCAAUCUGGAUUCUCCAGGAGUGAACCGCGAGUCGCAGCCGCUGCUUGGCGGCCGCGGCGACUUCGAAGUAUCCUUCAAUUACUUCCCAGAUGACCCCCAGUUCAGCGAGCUGGUACUGCAGGCGGAGACGGCCAUUGAUAACGGCAUCUUCCCGGAGAGGAUAUACCAAGGAUCCAGUGGGUCGUACUUCGUAAAAAACGCGGGCGGGAAAAUCAUCGGCGUUUUCAAGCCGAAAGACGAAGAGCCCUACGGUCGUUUGAACCCCAAAUGGAUGAAAUGGAUGCACAAGCUUUGCUGCCCGUGUUGCUUCGGCCGCUCCUGUCUGAUCCCGAACCAGGGGUACUUGUCCGAAGCCGGUGCGAGCCUCGUAGAUUCCAAAAUAGGACUUAAAGUCGUGCCUAAGACUAAGGUAGUAAAAUUAGUAUCGGAAACGUUUAACUAUCUGCGCAUAGACCGAGAGAGGUCGCGUCUGAAGCGGGCCAUCACCGAGCAAUUCCCGAACUUGCGGUUCAACAGGAUGGGGCUGCCUCCUAAGAAAGGCUCGUUCCAGUUAUUCGUGGAGGGCUACAAGGACGCGGACUAUUGGCUCAGGAGGUUCGAGCAGGAGCCCCCGCCGCCGCACGUCAUGAAGAAGUUCCAGCUGCAGUUCGAGCGGCUCGUGGUGCUGGACUACAUCAUCCGGAACACGGACCGCGGCAACGACAACUGGCUCAUCAAGUACGAGGCGCCGCCCGGCCCGCGCGCCGACGCCGACCUGCGGGACCCCUCGGAGUGGUCGGGCGGGUGGGAGGUGCGCAUCGCGGCCAUCGACAACGGGCUCGCGUUCCCGUUCAAGCACCCGGACUCGUGGCGCGCCUACCCCUACCACUGGGCCUGGCUGCCGCACGCCAAGCUGCCCUUCAGCGACGAGACCAAGCAACUAGUACUUCCGCUGUUAUCCGACAUGAACUUCGUUCAGGAACUGUGCGACGAACUACAUUUGUUGUUUAAACAAGACAAGGGCUUCGACAAGGGUCUGUUCGAGCGGCAGAUGUCUGUGAUGCGCGGGCAGGUGCUCAACCUCACGCAGGCCCUCAAGGACGGCAAGAGUCCCGUGCAGCUGGUGCAGAUGCCGUGCGUGCUCGUCGAGAGAUCAAAAGGCGGCUCCACCUCGUCUCGCUUCUUCGACUCAUUCCAGCAGAGGUUCCAGCAGAAGUCGCCCUUCUUCUCGUGGUGGUGAAGGACCUCACGAUCAUCUUGUUAAAAUAUGGUGAUAGUUCCACACGACGCUGAUGUAAUAGUGAACCACAUUUUAUAUUUAAUAUGUCGUAGGAUUAGUGUUAUGUUUUAAUAAAUUAAAUCGACGGGUGAAAGAUUAUUAAUGGCUUAAGCGACAUUUUUGCAAAUUUACAGGAGAGCUAUUUAAAGUUUGAAUUUUGGAUAAAAU